GUCAAAUGUUAGAUUCAACAAAAGAAAUGACCUAUGAAUAACAACAUGAAUUACAUAAUUAGCAAAUUGUUGAUAAUAAAUAAAUGUCAAGUGCAAUGGCUUAUUUGCUUAUGGAUUUAUGUGAUGAAGGUGACAAUGAUGCUAAUAACAUUUAAGAACUUGAACCAUUUAAUAGCCCUAAAAUUCCAUCAAUAUCAAUUUAUGAUUACAUUUGCAGAAUUUUGAAGCAGGCUCAAUGUUCAUAAGAAUGUUUAAUAAUGGGUUUAAUUUUUAUGGAUAAAUUAUCAUAAAAAUGGGGAAGAAUUAUAGUUAAAUCAAUUAAUGUACAUCGGUAAUUUUAGUAUAAUUAGAAUUAGUUUAUAUGUAGUAGCAGUCAUGAUAUCUGCUAAAUUCUAUGAUGAUAGAUUCUUUUAAAAUUCAUAUUAUGCUAAAGUAGCUGGUAUUUCACAUGAAGAAUUCAAUCAUUUAGAAAGAAUCUUAGUUUUUUUAUUAGACUUUAAAUUGAUAAUUGAUCCAUCACUCUUCUUUACAUAUCGUUAAAGAAUAAUAUCAAACUACUUUGAUAAUCCAGAAUGA